AUGGCUGAUAACUCUUCUUUCUUACCAGGCCCAACAUCAGGCGCCGGCAUUGCCCGCGUACUGGCAGACCCAGAGCAGGGAAACCUUGCCGUGGCCCUUUUGGCGCGCAACAAGGAGAAUCUAGAAUCACUAUGCAAUUCCCUGCGCCAGACGUCCCACGGCGGCGUGCUAUAUCCGUUUCCCUGUGAUACGCGCCCGGCCAACCUUCGCCGCGUCUUUGGCGAAAUCACGGCCCACGACGCCUUUCAAGGUCUCCCGCUCGAACUGGCCAUUUUCCACGUCAAGCACGCCCUCAAGGCGCCGUAUCUCGAGACGGAUCCCGCCGACUUUGAAAAGAGCGUCGCCGAGUACGCCACGGGGGCGUUUGCCUUUGGGCAAGAGGCCCUGCGGCAGUUCUACGCCCAGGCCGAGGGGGGCCAGACGGUCCUGAGCCCGAGCCACCCGGCCAAGAAGGGCACCGUCAUCUUCACGGGGACGCUGGGCGCGCUGCGCACCAACGAGGGGUUCGGCGCCUACGGCGCCGGCCGCAGCGCCGUCCGCGCCGUCGCCCAGGCCCUCGGCAAGGAGCACUCGCGCCACGGCGUCCACGUCGUGCACACCAUUGCCAAUGGGCCCAUCAAGGACGUCGUCGCGGCCGAUGGGCAGCAGCAGCAGGAUGACGGCAUCCGUGCCGGCAAGACCAUGAGCGCCGAGAGCGUCGGCCGGACGUACCUCUGGCUCAGCCGCAUGCCGCCCGACUUGUGGGUGGACGAGCUGGAUAUGAGACCUGCUCAAGAAAAGUGGUAA